UCUUAUGAUCCACGAUACAUACUUGCACAAUAACACUACUACCUACCCUCCAAGCACUUCCAUAUCCCAACGUCAUACAUUGUGACGAGAAUCUAUGACGCACUAGUGACAACCACACCCAAACAUCACUGUUCUACACCUCUCCACAGCUCUGAACGGCCAUCCCCAGUAGACUCUUGCAUUCACAAUGGAACUUCUCCACAGUCUCGAGAACCGCUUCAGCAAGCCUGAACCCGCAGCAAUUCAAUCUCCGCAUACAAACACCAUGUCUGACAAAAUUACGGACGACACGGCCGCGCAAGGCAAGCCGCUGUUCAAUGCAGGUGGUGCCAUUGGAAAGCAGUUCGAGGCGGAUGGUGUGGUCGGACAGCUUGGUGAGGGAAUCGGGGGUCCGCUGUCAAGUAAAGGGGCGAUUGGGAAGAACUUUACCAAAGAAGGGGCUAUCGGAGGGAAUGUGAAUAAGACACUGGGAGAGGAGACCGAGAAGAAGUAGAGAAUGAAUUAUUGGUAUAUACAAUUCCUGAAUGUUACUUCGUAGUACGUAAUACUCAGUCUCGCAUCUCGAACACAAUAUAUGUACAUUUCAAAACCUGAAAAGAUUGA